AUGGCUACUUCACUGGUGCUCUCUGGAGCACUGGCAGCAAGUCAGGGAACUCAGAGUCUGGCAGAAAGUGUGAGGUUGGUGGAUGGUGGCAGUCACUGUGCUGGGAGAGUGGAGGUUCUUCAUAGAGGACAGUGGGGAACAGUGUGUGAUGAUAACUGGGAUAUGAGAGAUGCUGCAGUGGUGUGUAGAGAGCUGCGCUGUGGAGAGGCUGUAGAUGCAUUGAGUGAUGCUUACUUUGGAUCAGGAUCAGGCUUAAUCUGGAUGAAUAAUGUGGCCUGUAGUGGAUCAGAGUCUACACUGAAGAACUGUAAAUCAGCAGGAUGGGGAGUCAGGCUGGUUGGUGGUUCUCACUGCUCUGGGAGAGUGGAAGUGCUUCAUAGAGAGACCUGGUCCACAGUGUGUGAUGCUGACUUUGACCAGCAGGAUGCAGAGGUUGUGUGUCGAGAGCUGGGCUGUGGACUUCCGGUGGAGCUUCAGUGUAGAGGCAACGGAUCUCAGAUUUUCUUCUGUCCAACAUCAUCUUCACUCAAACACAACUGCUCCCAUGAUAAUGAUGUGGGUCUGGUGUGUGCUGGCAGUGUGAGGUUGGUGAAUGGUGACAGUCGCUGUACUGGGAGAGUGGAGGUUCUUCAUAGAGGACAGUGGGGAACAGUGUGUGAUGAUGGCUGGGAUAUGAGAGAUGCUGCAGUGGUGUGUAGAGAGCUGGGCUGUGGAGAGGCUGUAAAUGCACUGAGUGAUGCUCACUUUGGACCAGGAUCAGGACAAAUUUGGAUGGUUGACGUAGACUGUAGUGGGUCAGAGUCUACAGUGAAAAACUGCCACUCAGCACUUUGGGGUAAACAAGCGUGUAAUCACUCUAAUGAUGCUGGAGUUUUCUGCUCAGGAGUCAGGCUGGUUGGCGGUUCUCGCUGCUCUGGGAGAGUGGAGGUGCUUCAUGGAGAGACCUGGUCCACAGUGUGUGAUGCUGACUUUGACCAGCAGGAUGCAGAGGUUGUGUGUCGAGAGCUGGGCUGGUCAGAGGAGCUUCAGUGUAGAGGCAACGAAUCUCAGAUUCACUUCUGUCCAACAUCAUCUUCACUCAAACACAACUGCUCCCAUGACCGUGAUGUGGGCCCAGUGUGUGCUGACAGUGUGAGGCUGGUGGAUGGUGGCAGUCGCUGUGCUGGGAGAGUGGAGGUUCUUCAUAGAGGACAGUGGGGAACAGUGUGUGGUGAUUACUGGGAUAUGAGAGAUGCUGCAGUGGUGUGUAGAGAGCUGCACUGUGGAGAGGCUGUAGAUGCACUGAGUGAUGGUCACUUUGGAUCAGGAUCAGGACAAAUCUGGAUGAAUAAUGUGGCCUGUAGUGGAUCAGAGUCCACACUGAAGAGCUGUAAAUCACCAGGAUGGGGUAAACAUAACUGUGAUCAUUCUAAAGAUGCUGGAGUCAUCUGUUCAGAAGUCAGGCUGGUUGGUGGUUCUCGCUGUUCUGGGAGAGUGGAGGUGCUUCAUGGAGGGACCUGGUCCACAGUGUGUGAUGCUGACUUUGACCAGCAGGAUGCAGAGGUUGUGUGUCAAGAGCUGGGCUGUGGGCUUCCUGUGGAGGUGCUGGGAUCAGCUGCUUUUGGCAGAGGGGAGGGUCAGGUGUGGUCAGAGGAGCUCCAGUGUAGAGGCAACGAAUCUCAGAUUUACUUCUGUCCAACAUCUUCACUCAAACACAACUGCUCCCAUGAGAAUGAUGUGGGUGUGGUGUGUGCUGGCAGUGUGAGGUUGGUGGAUGGCGGCAGUCGCUGUGCUGGGAGAGUGGAGGUUCUUCAUAGAGGACAGUGGGGAACAGUGUGCGGCUAUAUCUGGAAUAUGAGAGAUGUUUCAGUGGUGUGUAGAGAGCUGAGCUGUGGGGAGCCAUUGAGCCUGGAUGCUGCUGUAGGAGGAUCAGGACCGAUCUGGAUGAGUCAUGUGGACUGCAGUGGAUCAGAGUCUACACUGAAACACUGUGGAUCACUGGGAUGGGGCAAACAUAUCUGUAUUCAUCUUUUCGAUGUUGAAAUUCAUUGUUCAGGUCAUAGAAGGUCCAAGCUUACUGGUGGUCCUCAUCGCUGCUCUGGGAGAGUGGAGGUGCUUCAUGAAGAGACCUGGUCCACGGUGUGUGAUGCUGACUUUGACCAGCAGGAUGCAGAGGUUGUGUGUCGAGAGCUGGGCUGUGGGCUUCCUGUGGAGGUGCUGGGAGCAGCUGCUUUUGGCAGAGGGGAGGGUCAGGUGUGGUCAGAGGAACUUCAGUGUAGAGGAAUUGAAUCUGAGAUUUCCCUUUGUCCAACAUCAUCUUCACUUAGACUCAACUGCACCCAUGGCAGUGAUGUGGGACUCAUAUGUUCUGGUCACACUCAGGCUCGGCUGGUGAACGGCUCUGACUCCUGUUCUGGUCGAGUAGAGCUCCAGUACCUCAGUGAAUGGGGCACAGUGUGUGAUGUAAGCUGGGAUAUGAGAGCUGCCAGUGUCCUCUGUGGUCAGCUGAAGUGUGGGAGUGCUGUGGCUGUGUUGGGGUCAGACUGGUUUGGGGAGGGGAGUGGCCAGAUCUGGGCUGAUGUGUUUGAUUGUCAGGGGAACGAAACACACCUGUCAAAAUGUCCCAUUUCAUCAUGGAGUCGCACUGCAUGCUCUCAUAAACAGGAUGCUGGAGUCAUCUGCAGUGGUUCACUCAUGGCAGUUCAUGAGGGGCAAGUGCGGUUGUCUGGAGGGAUGGAGUGUGAGGGGGAGGUGGAGGUUUACUUCAAGCAGGACUGGAGGAGAGUUCUGCUGGACUCCUGGAGUGAGUCUGUGGCCUCUGUGGUCUGCAGACAGCUGGGCUGUGGCUCCGUGUUCAGCUUCUCCAGCUCAUUUACAUCCAGUCCUGAACACGGCCAUGUGUGUGUGACGGGUUUCAAUUGUUCUGGGAGUGAAGCUCAUCUGGGGAACUGCAGCAGCGGACAAGCAGUCAACUGCAGCUCCAGAGAACAGCUCUCAGUCACCUGCUCUGCUCACAGCUCCAUCAGGCUGGUUGGUUCUGUGGGAGACUGUGCAGGAAGGCUGGAGGUUUUCCACAGUGGCUCAUGGGGGACAGUGUGUGAUGACUUGUGGGAUAUUGAGGAUGCGCAGGUGGUUUGUAGACAGUUGCAAUGUGGAGUUGCUCUCAGUGCUCCGGUACCAGCCCAGUUUGGACCUGGAACUGGACCCAUAUGGCUGAAUGAGGUGGAGUGUGAGGGAAACGAGACGUCCCUGUUUAACUGCAGAUUUCAGAUGUGUGGAGAAGAUGAAUGUGGCCACAUGGAGGACGUAGGAGUCGUAUGUUCCGAGUUUAAAGAGAUCAGACUCACUGAGGGCUGUCAGGGGAAUCUGGAAGUGUUCUACAAUGAAACCUGGGGUAAUGUGUGUACAAAUAACAUGGAUGAAGAAGUAGCAAAUUUGGUCUGUCAAGAGUUGAACUGUGGAAGAUCAGGCAGUUUGAGCCAAACCAAAGCAAGAGUGGAAUCAGCUCCUAACUGGCUGGAUGAUCUGAAAUGUAGGAAGCAUGACUCCAAUCUGUGGCAGUGUCCAUCUUCAGCCUGGGGACAGAACAGCUGUGAUAAUCUAAAUGAAGUGGCUCACAUUACCUGCUCAGGAGAGAUAAAUCAUUCUUUGCUGCAAAACCAUCUGAAAUGCUCCUCAUUUCCAAACCAGAGUCAAUGCUCAAAGCACCUGCCUCUCAGGCUGAGUGGAGGGAAUGGAAGCUGCUCUGGGAGGCUGGAGGUGUAUCACAACACUGAGUGGGGCUCCGUCUGUGAUAAUCAGUGGGACAUCAGGGAGGCUCAGGUGAUCUGCAGGCAGCUGGGCUGUGGGCCGGCGCUGAGUGCUGAUGGGAGUGCUGUCUUUGGUGCUGGUGUAGGGCCUAUCUGGCUGAACAGAGUGAAGUGUAGAGGGAAUGAGAUUCACCUGUGGGACUGUCCUCAUUCCCUGAAGGACCACGCUGACUGUUCCCACAGUCAGGACGCUGGAGUCACCUGUACAGACAUAUUUGUAUCCACCACUGUUACAUCCAGAGUAACUACUAUUACCAUCACAGCUGGCCAGACAGAGAACGAAACAGUUACUCCUCCACAAACUCUUUCAGCAGCUGUUCCAUCCAUCUAUCCAGUGUCUCUCCUGGUUCUGGGAGCGGUGCUCUUCCUGGCCUUAGUGCUGCUGUUUGCGCUGCUUUACCAGAACAGAGUGCUCAGGAGAGUGCUCUCUAAGAGGAAGCAUAAGACUCAGACUGAGGCAGUCUAUGAAGAGAUCGACCAGAGAAUCAUGACUAAGAGAAUGACUAAAAAGGUAAAUAUCCUCUCUGAAGAACAACAUUCAGGAUAUGAGGAUGUGGAUGAGGAGCUUCUCUCAGGAAAGGCUGUGAAUGAGGGAAAAGCUGAAUAUUAUAAUGAUGCCUCCACCCGUAGCCUGAAAAGUGAGGUGGGAACUAGAGACACUCCAGAUACCUAUGAUGAUGUCAUUUCUGCUGGACACACAACAACUGGAGAAGCAAAGAACAAGGUGGAGCUCUAUGAUGACGCCGUUCCUGCUGGAGAGAAUCUACAGGUUACAGCAGUGUACACACCAGAGAACUAUGAUGAUGUCAUCACUCCUGGACAGGAUUUUGGAGAUUCAGCAGGCUAUGAUGAUGUGGAGGUGUCUGAGAAAGAGGCACAAAUCAUCUGACAGAGACCCAAAUAAUGCGUCUACUCAGGAAAUGACAUUCGAGCUUCUUAAAAUCAGCCAAAGUUUGAACAACAACAAAUUAUUUUAUAUUCUUCUUGAAGAUGUUUGUAUUCUUGUGACUGUGCUAUUUUUUUACUCAGGAAGAGCAAAAUGUUCUAUUUAACUAAUUGCAUUCUAAGCCACUUUGCUUUCUUUUUCAAAAAAAAAUGAAAUUUAAAAACUUCAAAGAAAAACUGCUUAAAUACACACAUUAGCUUUAAUUUCAUGGCCUGUGAAUGUUAUUUACAUUUCAUUUCUUGCUUUAUUCAUUUGCUUUGCUGCUCUUUGUAGCUGCUCAUCAGUGAGGCUACAAAUUCUGUAUUAUGCAAAUGUUUAUUCAGUUCAGUCCUGAUUAUAUAGAGUAAUAAGUAAAUGAACAGCUCUUCAUGUUUCACUGUAAAGAGCAGAGACAGAUGAAGGUGUUUUAGGUUGGAGAUGCUGAUCAUUUUAGCAGCACAUAAGUGAUAAAUAUCAUGAUGUCAUCAUCAAUAGUGGUUUUUUUUUCUUAUUCAUUAGAAUUUUCUGGGGGAAUGACAUGAUACAGCCUACAUACAUGAUACAGUACUCCUAUAACCAGCACAGCAAUCACAGCUGACCUGCUGUCUCAGCAAAUGAGCUGAGCACUGACCAGUCAGACUGCUGAUUAGAGGAGUAAAGCAGUUUGUGUUGCAGCCGUAGUCAAACUACAUGUCAACAUCUAGAGAGAUUAUUACAAUUUUAGAAAAAAUCCAUGGGAGUAGGAUAAUUGUUAGCUGGAAAUUUAAAGAUUUAAUACCAUAUUAUUUUUCUUUGCUUGCUUAUAUUUUAUGGCCACAGAAUAUUUUAAAGUGGUCUUUUGUUGUUGUUUUUUUUUCUCCUGAAAUCUGGAGGUGCUGGAUCCCACUCAGCACUCCUCCUUCCCCCAUCGUUGCUUCAGAGUAUAUUUUGCCUGAUUAACAGUUCAAUCAUUGAUGUGAAAUGAAAAUAAAAGCUGAUAUUUUGCUGUA